AUGUCUUUUGGCUUCUUUUGGCUUGAAAACGGUGUAGGUGCCAGUAGGAUCAUUGGGCUCGCGACUUUGAAUGCCAUGGGGUGUGGCGUGGUAGGCUUGGCGAUCUGUGGUACAUUCUGUUUCUCAAAUCCAUUAGCAAUUCAACAUCCUCCAAUUGACAUGUCCUCCAAUCAAAAUGCUUCUGCAUCAAUCGGAUACGAAUUUCUUUUGCUAGAGCAUGUUGCAUUGCAAGAUCCACCAAAUGUAUCAGUUGCCAUUCUCCACCAGUUUGAUAUUCUUCCUGAAAUCUGCUUUAGAGGUCACAAAUCUCGUCAAUAUUUGAAGGAACUUAAACGAGGAAUUUUCACUCUUCAGUCGUAUGUUCGUGGUGAAAAAACCAGAAAGGAGUUUGGGGUAUUGCUACAAAGACAUAGGGCGGCUGUUGUUAUACAGAAACAAAUUAAAUCAAAAGGCAAUGAAUCAGAUGAAGUGGUGGUGAAGUCAUCAUAUCUUGCUGAGUUACAAAGAAGAAUCCUCAAAGCAGAAGCCGGAUUAAGAGAAAAAGAAGAAGAAAACGAUAUUCUACACCAACGUCUGCAACAAUACGAAAGCAGGUGGUAG